AUGGCUCUAUCAGUUUCAUUACCCCUCAGGACCUCUUUGGAAAGAGACAGCAAUGGCCAUACAAGAUUCCACGGUUGCUCGAACAUUCGCGACUUUGAGUUUUUAGGAAAGCUUGGGGAAGGCACCUUUGGCGAGGUUUACAAGGCAAGGUCUAAAAAGGACUGGUCCAUCGUUGCUCUGAAGAAAAUACUCAUGCACAAUGAGAAAGAUGGGUUCCCAAUAACUGCUCUCCGUGAAAUUAAACUUCUGAAAAUGCUGUCGCAUCCCAACAUCUUACAACUUAAAGAGAUGGCUGUCGAAAGAAGCAAAGGUGAAGGGCGAAAGAAGCCGAGUAUGUAUAUGGUUACACCAUACAUGGAACAUGAUCUUUCUGGACUCCUGGAAAAUCCGGCUGUUCAUUUCACGGAGCCUCAAAUCAAAUGCUACAUGUUGCAGCUCAUUGAAGGGCUUCGAUAUUUACAUGAAAAUCGCAUUUUGCAUCGCGAUAUGAAAGCCGCAAAUCUUCUUAUCAAUAACAAAGGCAUACUUCAGAUUGCGGAUUUUGGGUUGGCUCGGCCAUACGACGAGCCACCUCCCCAACCUGGAAAGGGCUGUGGGGAGGCUAAAAGAGAUUAUACGACGCUCGUUGUUACGCGAUGGUAUCGUCCUCCAGAACUACUUCUCCAGCUUCGACGUUAUACGACAGCAAUAGAUAUGUGGGGUGUUGGGUGUGUUUUUGGUGAAAUGUUCAAGGGCAAACCAAUCCUCACCGGCAGUAGCGACCUUAACCAGGCGCAACUAAUUUUCAACCUUGUUGGCACGCCAACCGAUGAAAACAUGCCAGGAUGGAGGUCGCUUCCAGGUUGUGAAGGUGUGAAGGACUUCGGAUACAAGCCUGGAAAUCUGAAAGAAGCUUUUAGAGAGCAAUCAGCAACGGCUAUAUCCUUACUUAGCGAGUUGCUCAAACUCGAUUGGCGGAAAAGAAUAAAUGCUAACGAUGCAUUGAGACACCCUUAUUUUUCGAGCCCUCCACUACCGGCGCAACCUGGUGAAUUACCCCGGUUUGAGGACUCCCAUGAGUUCGACAGGAGGAGAUUUCGUGGACAAAAAGCAGCUGUGCCCCCCGCACCAGCUGGGGGUUCGGUGGGAAUAGGCCCUAACGGGGAGUGGACGACAACUUCAGGGGGUCGCACGGGUGUGGGGUCCAAGGCUAGUCGCAUUCCUGGGGCAGUUCGUGCCGACCACCCAAGUGUCUAUGGUAAUCACGGAAGUCAAUCUCGUGCACCGGACGGUCAAAAUCUUGGGUCGUAUCCGAAGCGUGGUAUCGAGGGCUUAAAUCAAUUCUAUUCCUGGCAAAGGGACGGGGGUCCCCCUCCCAACCCUACUGUUGCCAUUACUCAACCACCAGGUGGGCGUCAGGGAGAAUUCAUCGACAAGAGGUCUGACUGGCGACGAGACAGGACUCAUCAGGGUCGUCACAGUGGUAGACUGGAUGGAAAUACGGAUUCUUACAUUCCAAGUUAUAAUCGCAUAACAGAAAGAGCGCGAGGACGGCGCGACCACAGUUCAAGGCACGAUUACGACCGAGACCAUGCGGUUAGUAGACGAAGUAGAAGUCCUAAUCCCAAACGCGAGAGCGGAUUGUCGGACAGGACGUAG